CAUACAUAUUUGUUCAAGUUUUAUCAUCCCGCGAACCGCAAAACCUCUAAAUUAUCGUAGUAAUUAGGCGUGAAUGACAAUAAUGCAUACACUAUAUCAACAAACCAAAACAAAUUGAUGAUUGAAAAAACAACACAAUUCAAUCAAAAUACGUGGGAUCUAUUCCUGUGAUUCUCAUGCUGUUCAUAAGAAUGAAUCAAUUUUUAAGUACGCUUUGCCUAUUAUCCCUGAGCUAUAAAGAUAGCAUUUUUACCAGCGACGUUGUUAUGCAACCAGACUUACAACAGUACAAGUGACGUGGAGUGUUGACUGUCGAUGAGUCGAUGACCUGACUGCUAAGUCUGAAGUAGUAAGACUCUGUAAUCUGUAUAUGUUUUGUAGUUUUGUGAGAAAGACGUCAAGAGUGGGAAGAGGUUGAGGCACUUUUUCAAGUUUUAUCUUUUGAUUUUUAUCUCAACUCAACCUGAAAAAGGCAAUGGAGUUGGAAGAUUUUAAAAACUAUUUACGACAUAGUAAAGACUCCUUGGUAGUUAUACCAGAAUAUAAUCCUCACCUAACUUGUUUCUAAAAAUACGUUCGUAGGGGAAGGACUCAUUCAAAAACAUCCAUAUUGUAAUGGGCAAUGAAUCCUGUGAUCUGGACUCAUGUGUAUGUUCAAUAGCUUUGGCUUAUUUUCUACAUAAGAACAGAGAUUCUAAUAUACCAUCUAAUGCCUUAGUUAUUGCUGUACAAAAUGUGACGAAAGAACACUUUCUGUUUCGCUCAGAUAACUGCUUUGUGUUACAAGAGCUGAACAUUCCACCAGAUUCACUAAUUUAUAGAGAUAAUUUUGAUUUAGAUCUUUUAAAAAAAUCAAAAUGUAUAACUACUACACUAGUGGAUCAUCAUGUGCUAGCUAGCAAGGAUCAAAUGCUGAAGGAUACUGUUAAACAAAUAUUUGACCAUAGGCCUAUUGACCCAACAGCAAGAUGGGAUAAUGUUUUUCAAAAAAUUGAACAAGUAGGCUCAUGUGCUACAUUAAUUGCAGAAAAACUAGAUAAACAAGACUUUCUUUUCAAGGAAUUGGCUUGGUUACUCUAUGAGGUUAUUGUUUAUGAUACAGUUGCACUUUUACCUGAAAAUGGCAGAGCAAAGGAAUUGGACAUAAGCAUUGCCUGCAAAUUAGAACGAAAGUAUGACUUCCAAGAAGAGAGAAAAACAGUAUACCAGAGAUUAUGGCAAGCCCAUAAUGAUGUGUCACAUUUAACUCCAAAGCAAAUGCUUAACAAAGACUUGAAACUGAUUGAAACUGUUCCAGUUCCUGGUUUACCAAUGUUGCUGAUAGACUACUUGAAACUAGAAAAUAGUUAUGAGUCAAUAAAGACACUUUCUGAUGAACUUAAUGCUCAUCUAAUAGUACUUAUUGGAAUGGACGCAAGUAAAGAUGUUAAAAGGGAUCUUGGAAUAUAUUUUAAACCAACCUCUGUUAGUUUAAAAGAUGCACUGUUAGAGAAGUUCAAUCAUAGUCAAAAGCUUAAUGGGUUUGAUUUUAUGUUUUGUGAAGUACACACAGAUUAUUCAGAUUUAGUUUGUUUGAGACAAAAUAAUGUAAAACUUUCAAGGAAACAAAUAGUGCCAUUGAUUUUAGAUGCAAUAAAAGAGCUAAAACAGUGAUAUA